AUGGUAAAAUCAAUUGCAAUAUUUGGUGGAAACGGGUUUCUUGGACGUAAAAUAUGUGAAGUGGGAGUUCGAAGAGGCUAUGAAGUGACAUCUUUUUCUAGACACGGCGAACCACCUCAAGCAGUAGUACAUCAACCAUGGGUUGCCAAAGUAAACUGGGAACGAGCCGAUAUUUUCCAGCCAUUGACAUAUCAAGAUAAGUUAAAGAAUUAUGGUACGAUUGUUCAUUCAAUAGGUAUAUUAUUUGAGAAUCAGUCGUAUAAGAAGGCCAUGAAUUCAAACUUUAAUUUCUUGAGUGACAUACAAAACUUGGCAAACAAUAUAAUGGGAAGCAACCCAAUGCAAAAAGACAAUGUGAAGAGUACGUAUGCUGCAAUUCAACGAGAUUCGGCAGUUGUGUUAGCUGAUAGUUAUAUCCAGUUCAAACCUGAACCGCCACGGAAUUUUGUCUAUAUAUCUGCAGAUAAGGUUCCGCCAUUAGUCCCCCAAGAAUAUAUCACCACGAAAAGGGAAGCUGAAUUCGAAUUGAGCUGCAAAAGGGGAUUACGAAGUAUAUUUUUGAGACCAGGAGCAAUGUAUGAUGAAACACACGAGGGUGGACUAACAACAAGAGAUGUUUUAUUACGGGGUUUGAGAUUCGGUGUUGGGUUGAAAGAAUGUCUUCUUGGGAAACACAUUGCGGGAGAGCUCGUUAGGCCAGUGGUCUCAACUGAACAAGUUGCGGAAUCUUUAUACGAUGCGUUAGAUGAUAAAGAGUUUGAAGGUGUAGUCACGGUUGAUCAAAUACAGAGUAAGAAAUGA